AUGUUCUACUCUCACCAUCUUCUAGCCAGAAAAGCUCCUCUGGGUCAGAUCUGGAUGGCGGCGACCAUGCACGCCAAGAUCAACAGGAGGAAGCUUGACAAGCUCAACAUCAUCACCAUCUGUGAAGAGAUUUUGAAUCCGUCAGUUCCAAUGGCCCUCAGGCUCUCUGGAAUUCUCAUGGGUGGAGUGGUAAUCGUCUACGAGCGAAAGGUCAAGCUACUAUACGACGAUGUUACACGUCUACUGGUAGAGAUCAAUGAAGCAUGGAAAGUGAAACCCGUUCGAGACCCAACCGUUCUCCCUAAAGGAAAAUCCCAGGCGAAGUAUGAAGCUGUUACAUUGCCUGCUAACGAAGACAUGGAAACUGGCGAAAUGGAGCACUUCCUCCACUUUUCCGACACAACCACCGAAAUGAAAUUCCAACAGGCCGCAUAUUUUACGAUGCGAUUGGAUGAUGUGGGCGAUCCUUUUGUUGACGACAAUGCCAGGGGGGACGAUCUCUGUCAACACCACCAUCAAGCUGACGCUGCUAAUAUCACCUUAUUAGACCCUAAUAAUAUUGAUACGGAUCCUUAUAAUCGAUUUGAGAGGUUCGAUGCUGAAGGGGAAGAAGAGACGUAUUUGAAUUUCACCCCACGAGAGCUGUCACAAGUUCCAGUUACUCUUAUACCCUCCCCUCCGAAGGAGCCUCAUCAAGAUGAUAAUAUUCAAGACCAGCAUCGAGAACCUCAGGAGAAACAACCAUCUAAUGAAUGCAGAGCGGAAGAAUGCCAGCCGCCCCAACAUGAUGAACAAAGGCAAGGCCCGAAAAAACGGAAAUCAAGGAAAAGAUCAGUUUCUCUAAUUAUGGAUUACGAGCAAACCAUCAUCCCAGGUCAACUGUUCCAAUCUUGGCUCCAAAACCCCUCCGACAUUGUGUCCAGAAUAGGAGGAAAGAGGAAGCACAUGAAUCCUAGUUUCUCCUUGAAGAUAACCGAACUCAUGGAGCUGCCGCCUGUCGCCCUCCUUUCCGGGUUUGCAGCAAAAGGGACCAGACAAGUYCAUUACCCUGCACCUCUUCUGGAGCAAUGGCUGAGAUUUAAUCAGCUUCGACCUGCCCAUGAUUCACCUUCCGGUCAAGAGUCUUCUCCAAGGAACUCACUACCCCAUCCAACAGAACCAUCAUCAUCUCGAACAGAGAGAACAUUUAAUCAAAAUCUCCUGAAUGUACCUACUGAAGAUUUUCAAAGUGAAGUUGGCUCUCAACCGCCUCGAAUCUCGAUAGAAGAAAAAGGGGUGGACUCUGACAAUAUCGAAGUGCCAUGGGAAGCCUCCAUAGAGAAGCUAAGAGCUCACCUUGGCAACGUUGAUUUGCCAAGGGAAGACUCCAUAGAGAGGCUGAGGCCAAGAACCAAUAUUCCUUACGGGGAAGUGCCAAUAAGCGAGGCCAACUUCGUCACACCGAGAAAUUCGGGAGACAAAGCAGAAUCAGUCCCCAGCUCUGCAUCUAGAUAUGGUUCAUCAAGUCAUGAUUUCCAACUGCCUUCAGGAAGAUCCCACCAGAAAAGGCCACAUUCUUCACCCAGGCAUAACGGGAGUGGCCUUGAACCAGUGGAUGAGGAGAACCCGUGGCAGCCAAUUGAACCAAGUUUCAAGCUGAGAAAACUGUCGGAAAAUGGACCCACUCCUGACUUCGGUAAAGUAACUCGUCUGCUCUUCGUAGCAAUAGCGAUUUUUUUUAUUGCAGAAUUAUUGGAAGAAACUGGACCCACCCCAACCCAACAUCCAAUUGUUGCUCACACCAUUGACAAGAUCACUGACUCGAUCAGGAAACACCUGAAGGCGCAUUUCGACACGCCCGGGGCUCCUCAGGCCGAAUCUCUCAACCAGCUUGUCUUUGGAAUGGACAGAACAAAGGCAUCCCAGCUCUUCUACCAAAUCUGUGUUCUUGCAACCUAUGACCAGAUUAGGGUUGAGCAGACUGUAGCAUAUGGAGACAUCCUCAUCUCUAGAGGCUCAAAGAUGUGAAACAAAGUGGAUGGUGACCAACUCAUCAUCGUCAUCGUGAUAAUAUUUUUUAACCAACAGCAUCUUCUUUAUCUUUUGUUUUAUUGACUAUUUCACAUGUCAAUCACACUAAUUCAACUUGCCUUCUAUCACACGUGCUUA